AUGGCUACCCCUAGUGUCCUCGCUUUUGACGCUGAGGGUCGAGCCAUUGACUUUGAGGUCUGGGUCGACGACCUGCAGCUUUUCUUACAGUGCGAUAGGGCGGACGGUCUUUCUCUCUUUGACCUCACCUCUAGCGCCUCUCCUGCCCCUGCUGCUGAUGCUGACCCCACUGUUCGCUCUCAGUGGGCCACCUGCGAUGCUGCUGCACGUCUUGCUGUGCGUCGCCACCUGCCUACCACUGAGCGCGCGCACUUUAGUCAGUACAAGAGUGCUCAGACCUUGGACCACUUCCUCUCAGUCUGUCCCACCACUCUCACUGUUGACCUCCUCGAGAAGGCCCUCCUAGCAGUGGAAAAGAGCAUAGUCGCUGUAGGAGCCUCUCGGGGUGACCCUCGCACCCCCAUCUUUGAGGGGUGUUCCCCUUCCCCCCUGUUGCCCUCUGUUGCCUCUGCUGCUGUGGCCGACCUUCUUGGUCUUGAGUCGGUCGGUGCGGCGUCUGCCCCUAGCGAGAGACGCCGCUCUAACAAGGGCAAGGGGGGCAAGGACGCGGGUGGGACUGGAGGGGGCGGUGGAGGUGGCAGUGGAGGCGGCGGAGGGAGUGGGGGUGGCGGUGGGAGUGGUGGCGGAGGUGGUGGUGGUGGUGGCGGCAGCGGAGGCGGAGGCGGCGGAGGCGGUAGCGGUGGGAGCGGAGGCGGUGGCGGUGGCGGGGGUGUAGGCGGCGGUGGCGGAGGAGGUGGAGCUGGUCGGGGUGGUGCCUCGCAGCGGAGCGGCUCUGGUGGUGCUAUUUUUGAUCUUGACUUUGAUGCUAUCCCUGCUGCCAUGUAUGCUGUGACUAUUAGUGAUGAGGGUGACUGUUACCGGUGUUUCCCGCCCGACCCGAGCAUUGGUACUGCUUCGCUAGGUGCUAGUGAGGCUGCUGCUCUAGGUGCCAGCGCGUCUACGCUCUCAGGUACUGGUGAGGCUGCGCUCUCAGGUACCGCGUCGGCUUCGGCCUCCCUCACCUUCACACUUGACUCAGGGGCUUCUCGCUCCUUCUUUCGAGACCGCACCACACUCACGCCGCUUGGUCGGCCGGUUGCAGUCUCCCUGGCAGACCCCUCUAGGGGUCCUGUCCUCUCUCACUUCUCCACCGAUGCGGGGGUUCACCACUUUACUCCUGCGAGUCAGCGGGUGGCCCACUGCUCGGACGCCCGCACAGGCCGACACCUCGCCACGUUUUCACGUCGACCGGGGUCAAGCCUCUACACCCUGACCAACGAGUCUCCUCCUGUCCUUGCGUCUGGCCAGGUAGCUGCGUCAGGUCAGGUGUUUGCUGCUGCGUCCAGGUCUGGUCCUGAGUCUGCCCCCUGCUCGUGUCGCCUCCUGUCUUAUGAGACUCUCCUGUGGCACCACCGUCUUGGCCACCCCUCCCUGCCUCGUCUUCGGGGCAUGGCUUCUCGUGUCCUUGUCCCUGGUCUUCCCCAAGCCCUCCCUCCCCUUCCUUCGGGGCCUGGUCCUUCCUCUGUCCCCUGUGUCGAGGGGCGCCUCCGGGCUGCCCCUCACUCCUCUCAGUUUCCCCCGACAAAGGCUCCGCUGCAGACGCUUCACAUGGAUGUGUGGGGCCCGGCCCGCGUCCGUGGACAGGCCUACUGUCGUGCACGAGGCAUCCACCAGACCUUUACGCUUCCAGACUCUCCACAGCAAAAUGGGAUUGUUGAGCACCGCAUUGGCAUGGUCAUGGACGUCGCUCGUACGUCCAUGAUGCAUGCGGCUGCCCCCCAUUUUCUGUGGCCGUUUGCGGUUUGGUACACGGCGCAUCAAAUCAACCUUCACCCCACGGUCUCCAGACCGGAGACCUCCCCAGCUCUGCUAUGGACAGGGAAGGUCGGCGAUGCGUCUGCGUUCCGUUUCUCGGGAUCUCGGGCGUUUGUCAGCGACUUGUCUGCGGACAAGCUGUCCCCUCGUGCUGCUCCCUGUGACUUCCUUGGCUCCCCCCCUGACGCACCAGGGUGGCAGUUCUACCACCCCUCCUCUCGUCGUGUUCUGUCCUCCCAGGACGUCACGUUCGACGAGUCAGUCCCCUUCUACCGCCUCUUCCCCUACGGCACUCCUUCCCUCCCCCCGCCACCGCACUUUCUUGUGCCAGGUCCCCCCCCGGUAGACCCCCUUCCCCCUCAGGGUCCUGCCCCUUCAGGUGUGUCCCAGGUAGACGCAGUCGAGCCGGUCGAGGUUGCUGGUGACUCUGGUACUGCUGCGGGUGCUAAGCCUGGGGGUGCUGACUCUGGGGGUGCUGCGCGCGUGGGUACUGAGCCUGGGGGUGCUGAGCCUGGGGGUGCUGAGCCUGGGGGUGCUAAGUCUGAGGGUACUGUGCCUGGGGGUGCUGAGCCUGGGGGUAGUGCGAUUGGGGGUGCUGAGCCUGGGGGUGCUGAGCCUGGCGGUGUUGCGUCUGGAGCUGCUGAGCCUGGAGGUGCAGAGCCUGCGGCCGCUGGACCUCUCCUUGUGGUGUGUGGCGGAGCUGGGCUUGGAGGUUCUCCUGGUGCUUCGUCUCGGCGAGAGCCGCACUCUCCACAGGAGCUGCGCGAGUGGUUUGCUCGCCGCUGGAGGCGUACUACUGGAGCUGGAGUUUCUUCGGCCGCUGAGGGUGCUGGUGUCGCCGGUCCCGGAGUUGCUGGGCCUGCGGGUCCGCAUGGAGCUGGAGCUGCUGCGGGUGUUGGUUUUGCGACUACUACUGUCCGUCCUGGCGGUGGUCCUGCUGCGGGUGCUGCUGGAGGUCCUGCCGCUGGAGGUGCUGUUGGCGCUGGUGCUGCCGGAGGUGCUGAGGGUGCUGGUACUGUCCCUGCUGUGUCUGAAGCCGCCGCGCGGCCUCGUCCGUACUUCGUUCCGCUCCUGCAGCAGGUUCUUGGUCCUUCUCCUCCUGUAGAGUGUCCACCGCCUGUCCAAUCACAGUUACAGUUAGAGCCCGCCUCCCCACUUCCUGCUCCCUCUCCUUACACUGGUCCUACUGGAGGUCUUGCUGAGCGUCGUGAGCCUGCGUCUCGUCCCGCGUUGCCUGUUCGUACUGCUGGUGCUAGUGGUCAUGGUUCGCGUCAGCGUCCUCCUCCUGUCCCUGGCACGCACCGGAUGUCUCUCCGUCCGUCCACUGCUCCUCUGCGUGCCCCUUUGCCUUCUCCUCCUGAGUCCUCUCUUCCUGCACUUGCCGACCCAGAGUCGGACUCCCUUCGCGCUGCCAGUCCUACUGUCACGCGUCUCCUUGCUACUGUCGUCACUGACCCCUCUUUUGAGUCCAUUGCUGGGUCUGCUCUUGUUGCUGAGCUCGUCGACUUUUCUGCUCGCUGUCGUCUAGACUACGCUGCUAGUCUAGUUGCUGAGUCUGCGUCUGUCUGUCCUCCGUCCGUGGGGGGUGAGUGUGCUCUUGGCACGGACGUCCUUGAGGACAGGCAGGAGGAGUUCCAGUGUCUGGCUGCUGCUUCACCUCAUCUCGCGUUCGUACUACUUGCCCCUGAGGGAGACCCGGAUGCACUAGACAUCCCGACUCCGCGCUCUUACGCGGAGGCCAUAGAGGGUCCCUACUCCUCUCAGUGGCAUGCAACUAUGGAUGCAGAGAUGGCUUCCUGGAAGUUCACAGGCACCUACGUUGACGCGGUUCCCCCUCCUGGGGCGAACAUCGUCAGUGGCAUGUGGAUCUUCAGGGUGAAGCGGCCGCCGGGCUCUCCACCUGUCUUCAAGGCGCGGUACGUCGCUCGUGGCUUCAGUCAGCGGCAGGGAGUUGACUACUUUCAGACCUUCUCUCCCACCCUGAAGAUGACCACUCUUCGGGUGCUGCUGCACAUAGCCGCUCAGCGCGACUACGAGCUCCACUCUCUAGACUUCAGCACUGCUUUCUUGCACGGUAGCCUGCACGAGGAGAUCUGGCUGCGCCGUCCACCUGGCUUCACUGGGACUUUCCCUCCUGGCACCCAGUGGAGCCUCCAACGGCCAGUCUACGGUCUCCGCCAGGCACCGCGUGAGUGGCACGACACACUGAGGACUACGCUUGCGGCUCUUGGGUUUGCUCCAUCUACUGCUGAUCCGUCGUUGUUUUUGCGCACCGACACUUCUCUGCCGCCGUUCUACAUCCUCAUGUACGUCGACGACUUGGUCUUUGCCACAGCUGACACUGCUGGACUCGCCUACGUGAAGUCCGAGCUGCAGAAGAGACACACGUGCACUGACCUGGAUGAAUUGCGCAGCUACCUUGGCUUGCAGAUCACUCGGAACAGAGCACACCGCACCAUUACCUUGACUCAUUCACACAUGGUGCAGCAGGUCCUUCAGCGCUUCGGCUUCACGUACUCCUUGCCUCAGGCCACUCCUCUGUCUACUCGCCACUCGCUCUCAGCUCUGCCUUCGGAUGAGUCCGUAGAGUCGAGUGGCCCGUACCCAGAGCUUGUUGGCUGCCUCAUGUACGUGAUGACCUGCACACGACCUGACCUUGCAUACCCUCUUAGCAUUCUUGCACGCUAUGUUGCUCCUGGGAGACACCGACCAGAGAACAUGGCUGCAGCGAAGAGGGUGUUGCGCUACUUGUGCAGUACGUCGGGCAUGGGGCUAGUGCUUGGAGGGCGGAGUCCAGUGGUCCUCACUGGGCACGCGGACGCUUCUUGGGCUGACGACCAGGCUACUCAGCGGUCGUCACAGGGUUACACCUUCAGUAUUGGUUCCGGCUCUGUUUCGUGGCGGGCUAGUUGCUCGUCUUCUGUUCUCGGCUCCAGUUGUGAGGCUGAGAUCUACGCCGGGGCCAUGGCUGCUCAGGAGCUUCGCUGGCUCACCUACCUGCUGACUGACCUUGGAGAGCCGCCUCGUUCUCCUCCAGUGCUGUACGUAGACAACAAGGCCAUGCUGGCCUUGUGUCUAGAGCAGUGCCUGGAGCACAGAACGAAGCACAUUGCUCUCCGCUACUUUCUUGCUCGUGAGCUGCAGCAGUGUGGUCAGUUGCGACUUGCGUACGUGGCCUCUGAGGCCAACACUGCUGAUGUUUUCACCAAGGCACUUCCGCCUUGUGAUCAUCAGCGCUUCUGCACUCAGCUAGGACUUGUACCUGUCUUACCUCACUUGCUCACCUCUUGA